GAUAUAUUUAUUUUGGGGGGGAUCCGUCCUCAGUUUAGUCCAUUUCCGCUCUACAUAGGUGUUCUUCCUGGUUGUUGAAUCCUAUGUGAAAGUAGCAACAUUUCGGCCAUGAGCAAGUUCCAGUAGAAUGCACGCGACGAUUGGAAAAAUCGCUCGAUAGCGUUAAAUCUAUGUAACGUUAGAAGCGCGCGCGCGCUCUUUUUGCUUUCAACGCAUCUCAUUUUGCGCUGGAGGUUCCAUGCAAUGCAAUAUUCAUUAUGAUUAAGUCCAAAAUGCCCGAAUGCUGUGCCGCAGCAAACUGCAAGCAGAGUGCGGACCAGUCCAACGUUUCCUUCUUUAGUUUCCCGCUGGAUCCUGAUCGAUGUAAACAAUGGGUGGGUAACUGCCACAGACCAGAUCUGGAGACCAAAACAGCUGAAGAUUUACACAGGAACUAUAAAUUGUGCUCAAAACAUUUUGAGACAGCAAUGAUAUGUCAGCAAAGCGAUCUUAAGUCUGUUUUGAAGGAUGAUGCCAUUCCUACUAUAUUUGAUUUUGCAUCUAACCAGGACAAUGCACAAACUAGCAACAGAAAAAGGACAAGGGAGAAAACAGGAGAUGGGCCAAUUGUCACAAAGAAAACUAAAGGUGCCACUGAUAACUCAAACCCCUCUGUGACAGAGGUGGAAGUUAAAGUUGAGAGUGACUCAGCAGAGAACAUUGAAGCUCAAAAUCCUCCUGCACAUGAUGAAUCAGAGGAGGAUCCUGCUAUUUCCAAAGCGAAGGAAACUUUGAAAGACUACUUCAAAGAGACAUUAGCCUUCACUGGUUUCAGCAUCGCCAACAAUGCAUCUCUUAACUCUGUUAAGCCUUUGGGUAAUGACCCAGCUGGGCCGCUUUCAGUCAAUACCAUAUGUGCAGAGAAGAUCGACCAAAAAGAAGUGCUCAACUUAGGUGAAGAUGUGAUGCGUGAGGAGAUCCGCAAUAGCCUGCGCCUUGCACGCUUCUUUUCCAUACUUCUCCAAGACAAAAUAAACAUUGAGGGCAAGGAUCAGAUUCCUUUGUUUAUCCGCUCUGUCACAGGUGAAGGCUUCCCACAGAAACACCUCAUGGGAUUCCUUCCCUGUGAUGUCGACUCUGACAGUCUGUUCCUAAUGCUUAUAUCCGAGGUCCGCAACAAGUGGGGCCUUCGGAUGGAGCACUGCCGUGGCUUCACCUACCUGUCAUCAGGUAGCAUGUGUCAGAAGCUGAAGGAUCUCGCCUGCAGGAUGUUGCGGGAUUUUCCACAGGUAGUUUUGUCCCCCAGUGAGCCCUACGCCUUCAACAUGUGGUUGAUUCGCUCCAUGCCUAUCCUUCCAAUUCAAGAUGUUGUUGAUACUGUAGAGCAGGUCGCUGCCGUUAUUAGGCAAUCAGAAACUCUGGCGAAGAAACUUGAUACCAAGAUCACCGCUUCAUACAGUCACAUCAAAGGUGAGGUGGACCGAGUCAAGGAUUCUUGCCAGAACCAUUGGGAAUAUGGCACCGAUGCUUUCCAGACAAUGCUUGAUAUCUUGGAGCCGCUUUUGAGCAGCAUUGGAGAGAUGUGCACCAGUGCCCUUUCAGAUGUGGAUGCAGACACCGUUGAAGUGCUUCUAAAGCUGAAAGAGAAACUGAAGAACUUUAAUUUCAUCAUUACUCUUGUGGUCUUAAAAAACACUCUGUGUUGUGUAAGCAUCCUGAACCCCAGCCUCAGGGGAAUAAUCAGCAUCAGCAGCACUUUACAGUACACCAUCUCAAACGCCUUAAAGCUUCUCACCAAACACAUGCAGGAGAUUGACAUUUUUCACAGGAAGUGGUUCUCCGAUGCAUUGGGCAGAGCCAAGAAGUUGGGGGUGUCUGUCAAUUUGCCAGUGGAGAUGGUGACAAAUGGGGAUGGCACGGAGAAACCACAAGUAUCAUUGGAGGAUUACUACAGGGAAGCACUGAGCAAGAAGGUUUUGCAAUACCUUGUUGAUGAAGUCAAACGAGUCCUUGGCACUGAAAUGGCAAGAAUCCUCAGAUGGUUGUCAUUGGUGCCCUCAUAUAUGGCUGACCACAAUUUUAGCAUCCGCAAAGACAAAGUUGCUGAUGCUAACCUGAAUAACUUGGCUCGUCCUGACUCCUUUUAUGAUGAGCUGGGCUGUUGGGAAGUGAAAUGGAGGCAUGCUAGCAAGCGAAGGAUUCUUCCAACUAGUGUGUUUGCGACCCUCAAGAUCCCAGAUAUAGGCUUUUACCCAAAUGUACAGAGCCUGUUGAGAGUGCUGGGCACCAUCCCUUGUGUCCACGCAGAUUCAGAUGUGUAUGGGCAGUACGACAUGGUGCUGGACCGGUAUCACACCUACAUGAAAGAAGUACCAGUGGAAAAAAGACUGAGCAAUAUGGCCUUUGUUUAUGUCAAUCAAGAUGUCCACUUUAGCAUUGAGGAAAUGGUUGAGGCGUAUGUAAAGAAAUAUCCAGAAAUCCUGCAGCUAUUACAGGAGGAUGAUGUAAUGGAAGUGCAACCAUCAGUUCCAGAAACCAGUACAAAUGACGCUUCUAAAGAAGAUGCGGAAGAACAAAGAGAGAUGACUUUAAAUAUGGACGUUGAGAGACCGAAACCACCCGAGUGUGCAGAAACUGAUAAAGAGGCAUUAAAAUCUGCAUUACAGGCUGCUGUCACUGCAGCAUAUAGCAGGCAAAGCAGACACACUCAGGGUGAUCAAGAUCAAGAAGUAGAAUAUGUGACCAAAUCUGAGAUGAAUGAAGUCCUUAAAGUGUGUGAGGAUGUUGUUAGGGAUAGGAUUCUUUCAGAGGUCAGAAAUUCAUUCUUCUCCCUGUUUAUCGACAGAGUUGUCAGAUUUGGAGAGACUGACUACUUACCCAUCUUCCUCAGAUUUGUUGACAGUUUCGAUGUCAUGCGCCUUGAGCUUAUGGGAUUUGUCGAGGUUACUCUUGACACUGAGGCCAUUUGCGAACGACUUUAUGAUGUUGUCACCAAUGAGUGGAGUCUGGAUUUAAGCUACUGCAGAGGUCAAGCUUACCUUGGCUCUGGUGAAGUGUCCUACAAGCUCAAGGCUUUUGCUUGUAAAAUACAGGAGAAGUAUCCUCUUGCUAUAUGCACACAUUGCUCAUGUUACUCUUUCAAUACCUGGUGGUCAAGGUCAGUUCCAGUAGCUGCAGUCAUCAGAGCCAUAGACACAUUAGAGGAGAUAGUGUCUUUUUUUCACAGCAUGCCUGCCCUUGAGAAACAGUUAGAUCAAGUCUUAGCCAUAGGCCUAAGAGAGAGCUAUGAGAAAAUCCAUGAGCUUCAAGGAAAAUUCUGCUCCUCUUGGCUUGAAAAGCAUGACUCUUACGAAGUCUUCGCUCAGAUUCUGGAGCCUCUGGCAGAUUGGCUAGAAAAUAUUGACAACUGUCAACCACAAAGAUGGAGUUUGGCAGUAUCCAACAGAGCCAAAAGACUACUUCAGUUAAUUCGGGACUUUGACUUCAUUGUGGCAAUCGUUGCGUUAAAGAAUGCCUCAUCCUUCACCAGAGAACUAAGUGCAGCGCUACAGAAAGACCAUUUUAGUGCUGCCUCGCAGCUCAGCCAGAUCAGUGGUAUUGUGGCCACACUUAACCGAGUGAAGACCAACAUCAAGGUUUUCCAUCAGAACUGGUUUGAUGAAGCUUGUUGUUUUGCUCAGAAUCUGGGUGUGCAGGUUAAAGUGCCUGAUAGUGUGAUUGUUCCAAGGGACAGCCUCUUGAAACCAGGUUCAUACUACAAAGAUGCAAUGAGUGUCCCUUUAGUUGACCACCUGAUAAACAUGGUGAAAGAUUAUUUCUCUGAUGACCACAAGGAGGCUCUCAACUUAUUGUCCUUGGUCCCAUGCUCUGUGACAAUGAGCUAUGUUUUUGAAACGCUUAAGUCAAAACCUCCAUUGUACAUUGGUGACCUUCCAGAUCCUGACAAUUUCUUCACAGAGCUGAGCUGCUGGAAAGUGAAGUGGAAAACGAAAGUGGUUAGUGUAACCAUACCAGAGACCAUUUUUCAGACUCUGCGUCUACCCCUUAUGCAGUACUUUGCAAACAUCAAUACGUUGCUGAAGAUUAUGUGUGUGUUGCCAAGCACAGCCUUGGAAUAUUGUGGUGAGGUGAAGCGGCAUAAAAUGUAUCAAAACUACUUGAGCAACACCUCACCCAUGGAUAGAUUGCCCUGUUUAGCCAUGCUUCAGAUCGGCACUGACUUUAACAGAGACCUGGACAGAAUGGUUGCUCAGUGCUUAAAGCUUACUCCUAAGACGCUGGAGGGCAUUUGCCUGGACAAAGAAUCCAAAACCCUAGGAAGGACUGCUGAAAUAAAAACAGAAGAUGACAUCCACAUGGAUGAAGUAGAGAACAGGGACACUCUGCAGGACAAAGACUCCAGAACACUAGUGGUGAAUUCUGAGAUAACAGAAGCAGAUAUCCACAAAGAGGGAACAGAGAGCAUAGAGACUCAGCAGCAGUCUGAAAACGUAGUAGUAGUUGCUGAGGACCAGCAUGUAAAUGUUAAAGAUGUGGAGCAGGUUGUGGAUGAGAAUGGACGUUCUGAUGAACCAACAGAUAACAUAAGGAACUGUGAAGAAGUCUUCAAACAGGCAGCCAUACUUGCAAGGAGAAACUGCUCGUGGAUCGACCUUAACAAACCAGAGCAAGAUACUGUUGUACAGAAACUUGCCUCAUGUCAUUGGGUACAGAAAGAAGGGACAUCAUUUUUAGAAGGGGAAAUGCUACAAAGUAUUGUGAAGGCCAUACGAGAAACAAUCCUCACUGAAGUUCAGGACUCUCCUUUCUUUUCCAUCAUCACUGAUAGAGCAAUCUCAGUGGGCGCGGCAAAGUUCCUACCACUCUUUGUUAGAUAUGUAAAUGACUGCAUUCCUAAAGUGGAGCUCAUAGGUUUUCUGCCCUUUGAUGAAAGCUCUGAUCUGGAUUUACAAGCUAAAACUCUUUCAACCACACUUGAGGAUGAGUGGGGACUUCAGAUGGGCUGCUGUCGUGGCCAGUCCAUCAUGUGCAUUGGUACGGGGAGCCAAAGUCUCAGGAAGAUGGCUUUGGGCUUUUUAGAGAGCUAUCCGUUAGCUGUGAACACUCCCAGUGAGUCUUGUGGACUUGCCUACUGGCUAGCUUUAAGCCUACAGAAUGCCUACAUUACAAAGGUUUUAGAGACCUCUGAGGAUCUGCUACAGUUUUUUGACCAGUCACCCAAAUUAGAGAGUGAGCUUGCCAAAACCAUGGAUGGGCUUCUGAAUACCCCACGGGAAGCACUUGCAGAGAUCCCAGAGACCUGCUUGUCUAGAUGGAAAAAGAGGGAAGACUUUUUCGAUAUUCUGGUGGACAUGCUAGAGGGAGCUCUGAACUGCUUAGAUUCUGUGAGCACCAACUCCAGUGGGUCAUGGAGUAGUAGCAUGUCACUGCAUUCUCAGGCCCUGUGCACAGCUAUUAGACAGGUCGAUUUUGUCAUUCCCUUAGUGAUCUUGAAGAACGCCUGCGCUCCCUUGAGGAACUGCAGCACUGUGUUUCGCUGCGGAAACCCUGCUGACAUUAUUUGUGAGCUUGAGAAGAUUAUGCCAAUAAUAGAUUCUCUUAGCAAAAUGUUGGACAAUGUGAGGGCAGUACAUUCUACCUGGUUUGAGGAGGCUGUGGAGCUUUCAACUAAGGUUACAGGAUUGCUGUCAUAUGCGGAAUCUGUUAGUAGCUAUGAUUCACCUGAAGCGUUCUACAUGGAAACAGUUAGCUUACCAGUUCUAAAUGGUUUGAUUGAAGAAAUGAAGUUUAACUUCUCAGAGAAUCACCUAAAAGCCCUGAAAGUGUUGUCCCUUCUGCCAACGUGCAACCCUCUUCCCAUUCUCCCAGAAUCCACAGAUAAACUGCACACAAUAUACCUGAGUGAUCUCCCUGAGCCAGAAACAGUUGAAGAAGACAUAAACACCUGGGCCACAGUAUGGAGGGAGAAAUAUCAAGAUGUUUGUCCUCCCACCUCCAUCUCUGAGACUUUGCUCCAUAAUGAAGCCAAAAACCUUCCAAACAUUGCUACCCUUCUUAAGCUUGUGGCUGUGUUGCCUAGCAUUAGCAUGGAGUGUGAUCUAAUGAAGACAACCCUAAAUGCCUUGAGGACCUUACUUAGAGAUGGCAUCUUCAGCAGAGGCAGCAAGACUGAUGCAGUCAUGCUUCUUAUGCAUCGCCAGACACUACAGAGCCUGGAGGAGGUGAUUGAGAAAUGCGUGGAUGGUGAUCCGGAAAGUCAUCAAUUUCUUGCUCAGGUAAAAGCAAGAGUUAAUCACCUGAGAAUGGAAGGCGAGGUGAUUGCCAUGGCUCCACAGGAGAUGGCUGUGGAUACAAAUGGUUCUGGUUAUCCACAAGAGGCAAAGGAUGCUGGAGUCGAUGUUAAAACUGUUGGUCCUGAGGAAAUUCCAGUAGAAACCAGUGAAAUAGAAAGGGCUGAAGAAAUACACAUCAUAAGUGCACCUGACCAGCCAUCAUCUUUAAUGCUCAUCAGUUCAGACAAAACCACAACUGCAGCUCAAGUCAUCCCUGCUUGCAGCUCUCUGCCGACCAGCACAACUGACCAACCAACAGAAUCUGUCCAUGAUGUAACUGAGCAGUCUAAUGAAGAGCGGCCAGUUAGCAUUGUUCAGUUAGUAUCAGUUGACCAAAGUGAAACUGAGCAACCCAUGGAAGUUGAUCAGUUUGUAGCAACAGAACCAAUUGAAACAGACAAGCCAGCAACAGAGAAACAAAGUGAUUCAUCUAUAAAUGCUCAAGAUGAAGGUUGUCACACAGUAACAGGGUUAGCAGAUGGUCAGUUAAUAUCAGAGGAUCAGACUGAAUCUGUUCAGCUCAGUGCAGUUGAUUACAGUGUAAAUGAUCAGUUGGUGUGCGUAGAUCAAAGCGAAAUUGAUCAAGUCAUGGAAAUUGAUGAGAGUGGAAAUGAUACAUGUGCAGUUGAAGAUCAAGUUGGAAAUGACCGGACAGCAACAGGGGAACAACGUGUAGUUGAGCAGUUGACAGUUAGUCCAGUUGAAACUGAUCAGUCUACAGUAAAAGGGCAGGAUGAAGCUUGUCAGAUAGUUACAGAGAUAGACGAUGAGGGUAAAAUUGGUCAGUUGGUACCAGGGGAUCAAAUUGAAUCUCAUGAAUUUGAAGCUGUUGAUUGCUCUCGAGAUGAACAUUCUGCAGCAUCAGGUCAGGGUGAAACUGAUCAGUCAGUAACCAAAGAUCAGACUGUAAAUUAUCAGUUCAUGUCAGAUGGCCAAUUUGAAAUGGAUCUGUCAGUAGUAGAAAGUCAAGAGGAGGCUGGUCAGAAAGAAACUGGGUUAGCAAAUGAAGGUGAGUUAAUUCCAGGGGAUCAAAGUGAAUCUAAUCAGCUCAUUGUAGUUAAAUCUGGAAAUGAACAAUCCUUAACAGCAGAUCAAAGUGUAACUGGUCAGUCAGAAAUAGUAGAUCCAAGUGUAACUCAACAGUUCAUGGUAGUUGGUCAAGUUGAAAAUGAUCAUUCCGUAGUAGAGGGUCAAGAUGAUGACGCUGCUCGGAUAGAAACCAGGUUUCCAAGUGAAGGUGAAACUAGACAGUUGGUAUCAGGAGAUCAAAGUGGAUCUGAUCAGCUUAUGGUUGUUGACUCUGGAAAUGAACAGUCCUUAACAGCAGAUCAAAGUGUAACAGGUCAGUCAGAAAUAGUAGAUCCAAGUGUAACUCAACAGUUCAUGGUAAUUGGUCAAGUUGAAAAUGAUCAUUCCGUAGUAGAGGGUCAAGAUGAAACUGGUCAAGUUGAAAAUGAUCAUUCCGUAGUAGAGGGUCAAGAUGACACUGCUCAGAUAGAAACCAGGUUUCCAAGUGAAGGUGGAACUAGUCAGUUAGUAUCAGGAGAUCAAAGUGGAUCUGAUCAGCUUAUGGUUGUUGACUCUGGAAAUGAACAGUCCUUAACAGCAGAUCAAAGUGUAACAGGUCAGUCAGAAAUAGUAGAUCCAAGUGUAACUCAACAGUUCAUGGUAAUUGGUCAAGUUGAAAAUGAUCAUUCCGUAGUAGAGGGUCAAGAUGAUGCUGCUCAGAUAGAAACCAGGUUUCCAAGUGAAGGUGGAACUAGUCAGUUAGUAUCAGGAGAUCAAAGUGGAUCCGAUCAGGUCAUGGUAGUUGACUCUGGAAAUGAACAGUCCUUAACAGCAGAUCAAAGUGUAAUGGGUCAGUCAGAAAUAAUUGAUCCAAUUAUAACUCAACAGUUCAUGGUAGUUGGUCAAGUUGAAAAUGAUCAUUCUGUAGUAGAAGGUCAAGAUGAUGCUGCUCAGAUAGAAACCAGGUUUCCAAGUGAAGGUGAAACUAGUCAGUUAGUAUCAGGAGAUCAAAGUGGAUCCGAUCAGCUCAUGGUAGUUGACUCUGGAAAUGAUCCGUCCUUAACAGCAGAUCAAAGUGUAACAGGUCAGUCAGAAAUAGUAGAUGCAAGUGUAACUGAACAGUUCAUAGUGGUCGGUCAAGUUGAAAAUGAUAAUUCUUUAGUAGAGGGUCAAGAUGACACUGCUCAGACAGAAAACGGGUUUCCAAGUGAAGGUGAAAGUAGUCAGUUAGUAUCAGAUCAAAGUAGAUCUGAUCAGCUCAUGGUAGAUGAUGACUCUGGAAAUGAUCAGUCUGGAACUGAAGAUCAAGAUGUAACCUGUCAGUCAGUAACAGAAGAUCAAAGUGUACCUGAUCAGUUCAUAGCAGUUGGUCAAGUUGAGUCAGAUCAGUCUAUAGUUGAUGGUAAAAGUGAAGCCGGUCAGACAGAAAUUGUAUUUCCAAAUGAAGUUGGAACUAGUCAGUUAAUUUUGGGGGAUCAAUGUAGAUCAAUGCAGUUCAUGGUAGUUGACUCUGGAAAGGAUCAGUCUGUAAUAGCAGAUCAAGGUGGAACUGGUCAGUCUAUAUUACCAAAUGAAGUUGGAACUAGUCAGCUAGUUUUGGGUGAACAAUGUGGCUCUGAUCAGCUCAUGGUAGUUGAGUCUGGAAAUGAUCAGUCUGUAACAGCAGACCAAAGUAGAACUGGACAGUCAUCAGCAGAUCAAACUGUAACUGAUGCAUUUGUGGAAGAUGCAACUCAUCAGCCUAUAGUAGAAGAUCAAAGUGGGUCUGGGUUAGCAGAUAAUGUUGGAACUUGGCAGGUAGCAUCAGGGGAACAAAGUGGAACUGAUCAGCUUGUGGCAGAUGUACCCUGUGGAAAUAAUCAGUCUGUAGCAGAACCUCAAGGUGGAACUGUUCUUGCAACUGCAUUGAAUCAAAGUGUACCAGAUCAGUCUGUGGAACUUAGUCAAGUUGGAACUGACCAGAUAGUACCAGGGAAUCAAAGUGAAAUUGAUCAGUUUGGCCCUGACCAGCCUAAAGUAGCUGCAGAAGGUGGCACAAAUCAGUUCAAUUCAGCGGCUCCAGAUGGCUCAGACCAAGAAACUUCGGCAGUACACGUUUGCCUUUAUCAGCCCUCUGCAAUAACUCAGAGUGUUACUGACCGCUGCACACCUGUUUCCCCUGAAGACAUUACCGAUCAUCCCGUAGCAGCAGAAUCAGAAGGCACAGACCAGUCUGAAGUAAUGGCUCAUGAUGGUGCAGACCAAGUAAUUACCCUGGAUGGCACUGGACCUGAAAAAAUUGUUUUUACCCCCUACAAUGCUGAUGCUCGAGAGGAGUUGCUAAAAAAAUUAUGUAACAUAAAAUUCUUUUCCAUAGUCACUGAGGAAGAGUUUGCAAUUGAUGGCCAACUGUACAUCCCUUUAGGAAUACACUACCUUGACAAACAAGACAUUCAGAGUGAAAAUAUUUUAGCAUUUAUCCCCCUUUCCGCAAAUAUUGCUUCAUUUGUGGAUACUCUCACCAUUGUCCUCUCUGAGAAGUGGGGUUUGAACUUGGCACUCUGUAGAAGUCAAACCUUGGCAAGAACAGGUGCCUCACUCUCUCAGAUGACACAGGCUUCAGCUUUGCUUUCCCAGAGACUCCCUCAUGCUUUCAGUUUCCCGAACCCUGUAACUCUGAAGUCUAUGCUAGCCAGUUUGUCCUCCCUGAGAGAGAUAACUCACAGUUUUGAGUGCUUAGAGCAGCUGUUUAUGUGGUUCUCUGAGGAUGUUCAACGACGGGUAAGAUUAGAGGAUGCUGUUGUACAUUUGUUCCAGAAGGACGAAAGGAAAGCCAGUGAGCUGAAAGCCAAGAUCAGCAGCAAUCAAUUGGCAUUGAGUCAUGAGGUUCUGGAAAUUACUACAGACAUUCUAGAGGCCAUCAUCCUUUGCUUGAAUGAGAUGAAAAGAAAACAAGAUAAUGAGGCAACUACAGCACAGGCCCAGAGCUUCCUUUCUGCUGUCCAAAACUUUGAUUUCAUAUUGACAGUUGUGAUUAUGAAGAACAUCUUGAGCCUCACCAAAAACCUAAGUCUGAGUCUUCAGGGAAAUUCCUAUGACGUGUAUCAAGCUGUAAACCGCCUGUCUGAUUUCCUGCCCUCUCUCAGUGAAACGAAGAACAGUAUUGACUUGCACCAUCAAACCUGGUUUCAAGAGGCAGUUGCACUAGCUUCUAAGCUGCAGGUACCGUCACUACAACCACCCUUAAAUGUGCACUACAGAGAGGACCUCAGUAAAGGGGCCAUUGAGCACUAUUUUGCUGAGGUGGAAGGGAUCUCCCAGGAUGUUCUGUCUGCUCUUCGCUGCUUGCAGGUUGUGCCUUAUGUCAUGUCGAACGUGGAGGGAUGCUGCACGGACACUGAGUUUGUCAAGGUGUUUCAAGAUGACUUACCUGACCUACACUCCUUCCACACUGAGCUGCAGAGGUGGAGGGACAGGUGGCAAGAUCCUUCUGCUGCUCAUCAACAUCUACCCGACACUGUUCUUGGAACUCUCAAAGCUUCUGACAUCCAGUUAUUUCCCAACAUUUCAACCAUCCUUAGGCUCCUGGCAGUCCUGCCCUUCUCCAGCAUGCACAGUAGCUUCAGACAGGGAAAGAUGAAAUCUGAGCUGUACCCUCUGUAGUAGGUUUGACUUAACUUCCCCCAAACAAGCUCUCCAUUAGGUUGUCAUACACUGCUGAAACUUCAGAAUGUCCCUCUGUAUUCUCUAAACUGUAGAUCACAUCUGAUUGUAGGUUUCAGUAUGUUUAUUUUAUUACUUAAUAAUUAUGAAUUAGACCUGUACACUUUAAGUAUAAUCACAUAAUGGUUUUAUUGAUGUUUUGUCUUUUUUAUUUUCCUUUUACGUAAGUGGCAUGGAAAAAGAGGACUGCCAAUUGGGACCAAUGUCUUGCCAAAAAAAAAUGAGAAUAGGAUGCCCUUGGGGGGGUGGGGGGCCUUACUGCUUUGUGCCUUUAUGCAAAAACCCUACAUAACUCUGAUUCACGAGACAAAAAGUCUGGAUGGCCGCUUUCAGACCAGACUUUCUGGAAAUUUCCUAAUAUCUUCAGGAACUUUUAAAGACUUCAAAUCAUGAAAAUCCUCUGAGAUGCAUUAGGGGGUUAAGAAAAUCAUGUUUUAUCACAAUAAAUUAUGAUGGUUGUGUUAUACUGUCAAAAUGUCAUCCCACGGCACAAACUAAAAAUGGUCUGUCCCUGUAUCAUUAUGCGUGUUACAAAUGUUGAUUUGUUUGCAGUUUUAUUUAGAUGAAUGGAUUUUUCUGUAAUAAUUUCUCCCAGAAGCCCUCCUCAUGAAGGAAGCAUUCAUAUAUAUUUGACUAAAAUAAAUAAAAUCAUUGAAAAGAA